UUCCAUUUGUCUCUGUUUUGAGAAGUUGAAAGAGAGAAAGAAAGAUCGGAGGAGGAUGAGUGCUGAAGAUUUUCAGAAGAAGGUUUCCAUCAGAGACUCCUCACUCGCCGGAGAAAUGGAAAUCGAAUGCGGCGGGUCUACCAGCUCCACGGUUGGUUCGUCUCGAACUCUGGUUUUGCUUCGGAGACUGCUUGAGAUUCAGGAGCGUCGAGCACAGGCCUACGCUAAACUCAAAAGAGGGUUCUCAGAGUAUGUGGAGACUAGUGGUGAAGCGCUUUAUCAGAAGCUCUGCAGCGAGAUUACUGCUGAGUUCAACGAGUGUUCAAAACAAGUACGCGAAAUGGAAACUCUGUUUCUGACUCCUGACGUUGGGAGAUCGGAUCUUGCUCAACUGCUCAGCGACAUUCAGACUCAAGAGAAGCAGAAACUGCAUCUGACGGUUACAAUACAGGUGCUAAAGAAGGCAGGGAGGCCGUCAGAACGAAUGCUGACACACGAGAACUGCAAGUUCAAGAAACCGAUGCAGCACGAGUGUGUGCAUCUUCAUGAGAUUACAGAAGAUGCAGGAACAGAGGAAGCAGAAGCGGAUGCAGAGUUUGACAACGCUUUAAAAGAAGCAAUCAGAGGAGUGCAAGACGCAGUGACUUGCAUCAACGAGUAUUUGGAAGACGUUAGGUACGAGAUUGCAGCCCUUGAAGCUGAUUAACUGUUCUCAGUCUCAUCACUUGUUAACUUGCUAUGUUGCUAAUUAGCUUGAGAUAUUUAGAAACCCAAAGUUAUGACAUUUGUUGUUCUCAAAGUUAUCUAUGUUUAUUACUGUGGGUAAUGACUACAAAUACAAUAGCAAAUUCCAAAUUAUUUAAAACACAAUAUUUGAUUUGAAAACAAUUGAUUUAA